AUGUAUGACAGUCUGGGACCGAACUGGUCUGGCACGCUGUUGGGCUUACUGGAGGUGGCUAUUGUACCCAUUCCGUUUGUGUUUUACAGGUACGGGUACAAGAUCCGCAUGAAAUGUAAUCUGAUUCAGCGCAUGCAGGAGGAUAAGAAGAAGCUGGAGGGGAAGAGGGCGCGCAAAGGGCCCAGGCAGGGUGCUACUCCUCCCAAUGAUGAGCAGAAGCAGAAUGAAGCCGAGUGA